AUGGAAAAAAGUUUCUUGAAUUUUAAGGCUAAUCAUCCCGAUUGGGAACCUACCGAUCCGGCCGGAUCGCUUUACCUUAGUCGACUUAAUUUCAGCAAUCAAGUACAUUCAGAACGUCAUGAACGUCAUGAACGUCAUAAUUCAAUUCGUUCUGCCCAUAUAGAUUCAAUACUAAAGAAUAAUCGACGUAGCAGUAAUAAUGUUCAUUUCGGAUAUGCUCCUAACUAUAAUUAUGCAGGUAAUACUGCUACUGGAGCUGGAAUAAAUUCCACGAUAGAUGAUAGGCCAUCAUCAUAUGUACAUAACAAUACGUCACGAAAUAGUUAUCGUGUUAGUGAUCAGUCUACUUCAGACGUCCAAAGUUCACCGGAUUCAAGUCAAGAAGAACAUUAUGCGAGCGAUCUGAGUGGUUCAUUCUUCUUACCCGGAACAAAAUAUGGUGGUGUUGCACAUCUAUCUGAAUCCAAUGAACCUGAUCGACCACGACAUGAUGGUGUAAUUGGAUUAUUAAACCAAUUUUAUGAACUCAAUAAUUCAUCUAUGUAG